CCUUCUGCUUCCAGGAGGGAACUGUCUCAGGGUCUUCACCGAUGGCAAUGCCGAACACUCAGUUUUGAAAGGGAGCCGUCAAUGAAGAAACAGGCCUGGGCUCUGCACCUCCUGUUCACCUCCAUCUCUGCAAAGCUGCAGCUGCACAUGAUGACACCUGCCAAACUCAAGAUCAGAGGCUGAAUUCAAACGCCCAGCAAUAGGUAGUGAUCCCAGCCCAGCUGAUGGGAGAGGUCACGUGUCCUGCAGCUUGAGAGUGUCAGAUAGCCAGUAUGGACCCUUUCCCCGCCGACGAUCUCCUUCUCACCAGCGAGUGUGAGACCACGGAGGAGGAGGAGGAUGGACAGCUGGACGAGCAGGAGGAGGAAGAGGAGCAGGAAACGGUGGGGUGGGGCCUCCUGCCCGAGGUGUGCCUGCGCAGGGUGUUCUCGUUUCUGCAGGACUGCGACCGGGCGCGGGCCGCGCUGGUGUGCCGCCACUGGCUCCGCGUGCUGCACGCCCCCGAGCUCUGGCGCGCGCGAUCCUUCGUCUUCUCCGGCCGCGCCGCCAAGUCCCGCCGGGCCGACUUCCAGUCCGCCGUCUGCUACGCCAAGACGUUCGGGCGCCACCUGGAGACCCUGGAAAUCCGGUUCACCAACCCCGUCAACUCCCUGACCUCCCGCAGGUUCCAGCAGACCCUGAGGACCUUCCUGGCCGUCUUGAGAAAGGACAACAGCCGCCUGAAGUCCCUGUCCAUCUGCUGCAUGGAGCUGGACCGCCCGGCAUGGUCCAGGAGCGUGAGGAACGCCCUGGUCAAGAGCCUGAGCAUCUUCCUGCGCAAGGCUGGCCACCGCCUGGACAACCUCAACCUGAGAGGCGCCAGGCUGGGUCCUCUUCAGGGCUGUGAGCUGCUGGAGUCCAUCGCACACCAGAGUGGGAAGAGCGCGCUCUCCAAACUCAACAUCGAGGACUUCUUCCCCCAGGCCACCGCCGUCUACACCCUGCCCGCCUUCGCCCACGCCCUCGCCCGCUUCCGCAACCUCUCCGUUCUCUCGCUCAGCUACAGCUGCGUCUCCGACAGCCUGCUGGAGGCGCUAGCAGCCGGCUGCGCCCGCACGCUGGGGGCGCUCCACGUCAGGUGCCACGCCCUGGAGCCCCACGGCCAGGUGGUGUGGGGGGUAGCCUGGGCCCGGCUCGUCCAGGGCUGCCCCCGCCUGCGGGUCAACUUCUCCAUCGAGAGGAUCCUCCACGCCGACCGGCUGCUGCGCAUCCUCCUUCCCGAGAUCCCCGUCCGCAGCCUCGGCCUGUCCACCUGCUACUUCAGCGAACAGGACUGGACCGUCAAGCCCGUGCUGACCGAGGUGCUGCCUCUCUUCAAGGACUGCCUGCAGAAGCUGAUCCUGGAUUUCAAUAACAGCCACGAGUCUGUGGAUGACGAGCUCCUGCAGCUGAUCCUGCAGUGCAGCAAACUGUCCUACCUGAAAGUGUGGGCGUUCCUGGACGUGCGCUUCAUCGAGACCCUGCUGCAGCACCGGCUGGAGGGGAAAUGCAGCCUGAAAACCAUCAAAAUACGGAUUUAUACCAACAGGUACGACACUCAUGAGGAAGACCACCUGCUGGAGGAGUUCUUCACCAAGUACAAGGAGCUGAUAGAGAAGGAGCUGAGCUACUUUGUCAUCUCGUACCCGAUGCUGUGAAGGCGAAAAAAAGAUGAGCUCCCCACUCUUCAUCCCAGAAGAUAAACCGAUAAACCUCUGGGAACAUGCACAGCCCUCUUCCUUCAUGUGCCAGCGAGACCACUGUGGCGCUGAGCUGGUCGACUGGCACACUGGAAGGAUGUUGAAUAGAAUAAGUAAAUAAAAGGUGUAAAUGAG